CGCCGCACAACAGUGCAGCUACAUAAUAAAACAAUACAGCACAACACAACAAAAUCAAAACCAGUUUGGAAAUUUCACAGAAAGAUGCUAUACGACAACAAUAUGACUCGCCUGAAUACGAUGUAUCGUCGGAAGCAGCAGAAUGGGAAAGUGGUUAUCGUCGACUACGACGAUACUAUUCUUCCAUCCACCUUCGUCGAUCGUUGGAAAAUAGAUAAUUUCAAAGAGUUGCCCCAGCACGUAAGUUUCAAAUGCUUCUCGAUUUCUACUCCGAACUUAUUUCGAUUCUAAUAUCGAGUUCAGGUCAUCUUCACGCUCACUAGACUCUCAUCAUUUUCACGAUCUCUUUCAACGACCAGUUCCAAAAUAUGCUAGAAGAGUUAAGUAGAUGCACAGAUAGAUUUCUGCUAGAAGCUUCAAAGUACGGAGAGGUGAGUUUUACGACUACAUUGUAGUCUUCUGUUGUGUCCAUCGGUUAGAAAAGUUCGUUGGGCACCAUCGUCGCGACUGGUCUGGCUCAACGUAGGUCAACUGCACGUUGCUGCCGAUAGAACGUUCGCCGUUAGAAUCAACGAAAUUGCUAUCGAUUUGAUUUUUCUGUUUUCUGUUGGCAUGCAACUCGUGUGUCGCCAGAGUUAAGUGGGAAUCAAAAGAUACGGUUAAACAUUAACCGCCACAAUAUUUCACAACGACUGAUUUUGGCGCCACGACGAGAAAAAUGCACGAGCCUCGCGCAACUUUCUAUGUGUCUGUCCGUCCCCAACGAACACAGCACGUCUCACAAAAUUUGGUCUCAUCUUUCUUCCUCCCCACGAUUGCAAAUUCCAACAUUGUCAGGUGAUAAUCAUUACCAAUUCCGAUGAGGGUUGGGUCAACUUCUCCGCGGAGCGAUACUGCCCUGCCCUGCUACCCGUGCUUGCGAAGUAUCCCAUUAUCUCAGCGCGAACGCGCUACGAAAAGUUUUAUCCGUGCCAACCCCUUUGUUGGAAGGCUGCAGCAUUCGCUCACGAGGUCAACGAAAUUUACGAUUCGUUGAAAAAUACGGACGAUGCGACGUCCUGCGCUAGUAUGGAAGGGACUGAGGUUUCCUCAACGUCAUCCUUGUCCGACAUGAUGGAUGACGAAGUAAACAACUCUUCCAUGUCUUCUUCCGAUCUUGUUGUAGAUUCGUCGGAACAGCUACCCCGGCAGAUCAUUUCGUUCGGAGACUCGAAUGAAGAAAGAAUGGCCGUAAGCAUAGUUUCAGGACAACUUGACGCUUUGCCAAAGAGCAUCAAAUUUAUGAGCUCUCCUUCGCUUCUCCAAAUUAUCGGUCAGCUCCAUUUGCUGACAAAUCACAUGGAAUUUGUCUGCGAAUCUGCGAAAAGCCUUGACAUGCACAUAACGAAAGUCCAGGCGGAUCAAUACGCGCAAAGCUACUUGCGAGAUGAAAAUCUGGUAUAUGACGAAAGAAUUGUUCCUGCGUUUGUACCACGAACGCGAAGAGAGCUUGACUUCCGCCCGCUUUAGAUACAUACUGGGAGGGGUCAUGUUCUAUUCUGUGUUGUCAAUACUACUGUUCGCAAAUUUAAUGCAAGGGCGCGCACUUCUAAGGGAAAUGGAAAGUGCGAAGAGAGAGAUAUCAAGUGUAAAUUAUUAC